AUGGCGGGGCGACGGGGAUGGGGCUGGCGGGCAUGUGGGUGGUCCGUGUGUCCUUCCGCGACUUUUGACGUUCUGGACGUGCAGGGCGGCUCGAGGACGGCUACGGGGCAGCGGCUUGGCAGCGGGAGGUCGGGCUUGGCUGGCGGCUUCUGCAACCUCAGGCAGCCAAAUUUUCGGCAGGUUGCGCGACGGAGCUUCUCUGGCACCUUUGCCUCCGAAAACACCCCGCCAGGACUUCCAACCGCCUCCGUCACAAUGGGUCAAUACUACAACCUUUUCGGCCAGAAGCUUGCCAUGGGUGUUCUCGGCUCCCUCUUCGGCGGUGUCUACCUCGCUUCCGGCGGCAGCAGCAAGACCCCUGCUACUCCCCCCAUCAACGCUUCCAGCUCUGAUGAGGCCGACUUCAUCAAGAAGUUCCUCGAGACCUCCGAGACCACCGAGAAGCAGGCUCCCGCUGCUGCCCCCGCCAAGCACUAA